UUUCAGUAGGAUUGAUGUUAAAACAAAAUGGCUUUACGAAAGUGAUAAUGGACAUUCGAAAGAUUGGUCGCUCAAAAGUACUAGUGUACUUCGAAGAAUGGCAGGCAGCAAAUAGGCUGGUGAACUGCCGAAAUCUGUCCCUGAAGAAUUAUGUAGCGUACAUACCGAGGGGUUUCGUAACUGUAAAGGGUGUAAUAGGUGGCAUUCCGGAUGACAUAGACAUCACGGAGCUGACAAACGAAAUCGAGUCCAGCAAAGACAUCGUGGAGAUCUUCCGAAUGCAUCGAAUGGUAAAUAAGGAAAAGGUCGCAACAAAAAAGGUAGGUCUAGUAUUUCGUUCUAACAAGCUUCCGGAUUCGGUCCGAAUAUAUGCGGUAAACAUGAGGGUGGAGCCUUAUAUCAACAGAACAGUUAUGUGUUAUGCCUGCUUACGGUAUGGCCACAUAGCGGACAACUGCAAGGGAAAGAAGAGGUGUAUAAAUUGCGGAGAUGCGGAAGGUAAAGAGCAUGACAGCAAAAAUUGUGGUAACAUAACCAAAUGUGUGCACUGUAAAGAAAACCAUAAAGCAUCUGACCCUAAGUGCCCUGAACGAGCGAAACAGGCAGCCAUUAAAAAGUUAAUGGCAUGCCAAAACCUAACCUAUCAGGAGGCGAAAGAUGAAUUCAAGUUGGAGGUUCGAAAUGGGUUUGACGUACUUUCCAACAUGAGGGAAUUCCCCAGUAUAUAUGAGAGUUUCGCAUCAGUGACUGCAAAAAACGGAAACAAUGUUUCAAAACAACAAAUACAACCCAAAAAGUCAAUGGCAUCUACAAAUACAUAUGGUGAAAGCAGUAAACAAUCCGUUAGGUCAAAUGUACAGUACAAUCAAAAACCGAAAAAAAAUCCCAACAAUCUUGAAGAAGCAGGUCACAGUUUCUCACAAACAAAGAAAAGAAAAACCUCAACGUCACACGAAAACGAGGAUACAGAAAUUCAGGAGCAAAUGCCAGUACAAAAAUAUUUGGAACUGCGCAAACGAUGGUAGCAACGAACAACGAAGAUGGGCGCCUGAUGAUGACAGAAGUCUUGAAAGAGAUGGGUAAACUGUUGGGACACAACGAACAGGGUAUCGUGUUUAAAUCGCAAAAUAAUGAUGGCCUUCAAAAUAAUACAACAUAACAUACAGAGUCUAAAUAAAAAUAAAAUCGAGCUAUCACAUGAGCUUAAUGUUAAAAAGUAUGACGCAGCUUUACUGUCAGAAAUUUGGGCAAAUCAAGAUAAACUUAACUCUCUUAAUAUAAGUGGGUACCAUAAAAUUUUGAAACCAAGAAAUACUACUUUGGGCGGUGGUGUAGGAAUAUAUAUCAGAAAUGUCUAUAACUACAAAAUGUACCAACUUAGCUCUGAUGAACUUUUUGAAGUAAUUGGGAUCGAGAUACCAAGUAAACAAAUAAGUUUGAUAUCAAUAUAUGUAAAUCCAAGAAUUUCUAGUAAUGAAUUGGAACUUAGAUUAAACAAACUAUUAGAUGAAACAAGGAAUAUAAAAGGGCUUGUUAUAGGUGGUGACUUCAAUUCACACAAUAUUAGUUGGGGAUGUAACAAUACAAACAACAAAGGAAAAAUACUAUACGAUCUUAUCAGCACUACAAACCUGUUAAUUCUAAAUGAUGGUAGGAAGACCUACAUACCAGCUUCUUUGAAUUUUACACCGAGUGCCAUAGAUUUGACUCUUUGUACUCCAGAUAUUUUCAACGGAAUUUUAUGGAACGUAUUAGAUCAUAGUCUAGGAGGAUCAGCACACAUGAUUGUGGAAAUAGAGAUUCAACAAAAAACCUCGAAAAAGAAAAGACGUAUAGUAAAUACAAAAGAUCUUAACAGAGCAAUAGCAUCCAUAGCACCGGAGGACUUUAACAAUCUGAAAGAGUUAGAGUCAAUUGUUAUGACUACGAUAAAUCAAAAUAGUUGCAUAAGCUCAUUAACCCCCAAAUAUUAUUGGAGUCAAGAACUUAACGAACUCUACAAAAAUAAACAAGUAUGCAGAAGAAUGUAUAACGGUUUGUCAAACGAAACCAACCUGUUAUCAAUGCUCAAAGCAAAUGCAAAGUUCCUUAAAGCUAAAAGAAUUCUUAUGAGAGAAAAACUGUGUGAAAUUACCAAAAAUAUAGACCCAAGAAACUCAAAAGCUAAUUGGAAAUUAGUUAAAAACCUCAAAUACCAUCAUAACGAUAGAACAAAAAAUAACGAAAUAUUGACAUCUUCAGAAAAAACGAAUGUAUUCCUAAAUCACAAUUUCGGCACCUCACAAGUAGGUUUGGUCCCAAUUGAAUCUCCCAUACAAAUAGAAGAACCGAGAAAACUUUUGACAUUAGAGUCAUGGAAUAACAUAUUACAGACGAAAAAAAAACGCUCUGCACCAGGAACGGACAAAAUCACAUAUGAAACGUUGCGAUGUUUAGACCGCAGUGUGAAGGAUAAGAUAGUGAACGACAUGAACUCAUAUUUCAAUUCAGGUACAUUGCCCCAUCAUUUAAAAACCAUUAAAGUGGUUCCUAUCCUUAAACCAGGGAAGGAUCCUAGUAAUCCCGAAUCCUACAGACCGAUUUCUUUACUAUCAACUCUGACCAAAUCUACUAACACAGCGGUAUUAAAAUUAUUGCAACAACAUACCGAGGAGAACAAAUUACUCCCGGCUUUAUCCUUUGGUUUUAGGUCAGGAAAAUCGACGGAAGAUUGUUUAGCUUUCGUAACCAACCACUUAAUGGAAGGCAAAAGAAAUCAAAUUAUAAGUAUUGCAGUAUUCUUUGAUUUCAGUAACGCAUUCAACGCGGUAAAUGUAGAAAAGCUGAACACGAGGCUCACAGAAAUGUGUUUCCCCUCAGAUUUGAACACAUGGGUGAAGAACUUCCUAAAUAACAGAGAACUGACAAUAAAAACAGAUCAAGGUCAAGUCACAAAGACAGUCUCAACGGGAUUACCUCAA